AUGAUGGGCCGCAGCUUUGAUGAUGUGGAAAAGCCAUCGAGCAAACCGAAGCGCAGGGCUACUGAAGUAUCCGAUUCUACUGCGACGAGCAGUGGGUUCGGCUUCUUUUCCAUCGCCGAGUCUUCCUCGGACGCCGAAUCUCAUAGUUCUGGGAACCAACCUAGUCCGGAGACAGAGGGAUGGGUCUUUGGGACGUCGGAGAAUCUACCGGCCGGAGAUGAUGUUGCACACUUGGAUUUCAAUACCACCGAGGAGGACAACGCUGUCGUUCAUGUUCCUCGGAGUACUCCUAGCACUGACUAUGUUCCAGCGCCAUGGGGACUGGUAGAUCCGCUAUUCAAGGAUCUCGGCCAGUACUCACGGUACUAUGUAUAUCACUACAACCAAUACAUGGUCAACGACUUUGCGCUCUACUCUCAGUCUAAAAACCCCUUCCGAGACAUCACCGCUCUGGUCAACCAUUCCCCGGUGCUUGCGCACAGUAUCUCCGCCCUCGGGGCUCUUCAUUACUCGCUUCUCUCGGAUUCGGAUUCCUCUCCCAUGCCGUGGUCAUCCAAAAGCCAACCGUUGGAGGAUUCGCACUUGUCUGUAAAGGAAAUUGAAGACAUUGUUGCGCCAGCAAGCUCGAGGAAGCCCACCUCGCAAGGAUACCAACAUUUCUUGGAGUUCAAGCAGCGUGCUCUUCGCCAGUUGUCCAUGGACCUUAGCAACCCAGCAAUGCAAAAGGACGGCAGGACAUUAGCUGCCAUCGUCUUACUUGCCUUCUUGGACCUCAUCGAGUCAGGCAGCGGAGCGUGGAGCUAUCACAUAGAGGGCGCAAAAAAACUUCUCAAAGACCGACCUGAAAAUGGUCUGGGACGAGGGAUCCUCGAAGACCUGGAAGCAUUCGCCCUUGACGGGUGUUUAAUCAUGGAAAUCAUGGGAUCAACACUCGCCCGCCCAGGCGCCCUCUCAAAACCCUUCUACUCCUCAGCAAUGGGCCCCUCAAUCCUAAAACGCCUGGAAGAAAACUCCUGGGUCGGCUGCCCAGCCUACCUCCUCGAAGUAAUCUUCUUCGUCCACGCCCUCUGGUACCCAGACUCGGAAAUAGCAGCCGCAACGCCCCAGCCAACCGCCCUCCCAACCUCAAUCCAACCAGGCCAACCCCUAACCCUAGAAUCCUUCGCAACCCUCCUCCAAGGAAUCCGAAACUUCGACCCAAUAGCCUGGAGUCAGGAAAUGCAAGCUGUCUUCUUCAUCCCGGAUCUGACAUACCGUCUCGCCCUCGCGACCUCCUACCAAGACGCGGUCUACCUCUACACCAGUCGCGUUCUCUCCCGCACCAGACCGGGCUUCGAUCCCCCUUGGUCAGACGUCGGUCUGCCAGCUGAUCACUCGUUCAUUGCUACGAAUCUCAUCACCCAAAUUUGUCUAAUCCCGCCUUCGGAUCCGCACUUUAAAUGCCUCAUCUGGCCUACUUUCAUUGCCGGCGCUGAAUGUCGCCCUUCGCAGCGGGCUCUUAUUCUUGAGAAAUUGGGUUCGCUUUAUGAAGCUUUGACUAGUGUUAAUGUUCGCAAUGCUGCUUGGGUUUUGAGACUUAUGUGGCAGAAGCAGGAUACUAAGCGUCGUGAACGUCAGGGUGGUGGUGGUGGUGGUGAUGAUGAUAUCGAUAUUAGCUUUGAUUGGAUCGAUGAGCUGGAUUCUUCUCGUCUUGAUUGGCUGUUUAUCUAA